GGUGUCUUGUCUAGGCACCUGAAUAAACAGGGAUGCCACAACUUGUCUGGAUUCUUAUAACAAUUCACUUGCAAUUCACCUGCAUAUAUGUCUGAAUGGGUUUAUGUAUAUGCAGUAAAGGGCAACUAUAUGCAACAAUGCUUGUGGCUAUAUUUAGCCCUUGUUUUUCUCCUGCAUGCUUGCCCCAUCCCCACUGUCAGUGAUGGUCUAGAAGAGGUUAUAAAUAUUACAGAGAAGUGGGGCUAACCCAAGCAACAAGUUUACCAGCGUUAGUUCAGAGGCAUGGCUUGUGAAAAGCAAAUGGUAGGGAGCAAAUAUCUAGGUCCAAGAACCAAGCAUGGUUUAUUGAGCAAAGCACAAACAGAUGAUGAAGAGAUCUACGAAGAGAACCAAGUGGAUAAAGAUUUGGAUGCUGUGCUCCAAGUAGAGACGGAGUGUUUCUUUGUAAACCGUAUGCGUCUGGCGCAACUGAGCCCCUAUUUCCGAGCACUGUUCUUUGGUGGCAGUCGAGAAAGCAGCAAGAGGCACAUUGAAAUCAAAGGUGUAGAUUUGGACCAUUUCCGCAGUCUUAUGGAGUACAUAAAGAACCUCAGAUUACAUCUUGACAGGAAGAAUGUCCUGGGAGUUCUUGAGACUGCAAACUUCCUUCAGUUGGAAAAAGCUAGGCUUCUAUGCUGCAAGUUCCUGGAGAGAGAGUUACAUUUAAGCAACUGUUUAGGCAUGAUGGCCUAUGCAUGGCAGUUUGGCUGUAUGGAGCUUUAUGCUGCUGCACGAGAAGUGGUUCUUACCCAUCUACCAGCUAUAGCUUUUGAGGAGGACUUUAUGCUCCUCUCUAAGGAAACCAUUGCUAACCUUCUUGCUAGUGAUGACCUUUUCGUUCCACAGGAGGACCUGGCCUUUGAAGUUACUUUGCGCUGGGCAACACAUGACCCUAGCCGUGAGGAUGACUUCCUAGAGUUGGUAGGGCUAGUGAGACCUGAGAAUUUAAGUUUGUCAUACAUUACAGAGCUCCUGACCAAGAUGAAAAGUUCAGACCCUCGUGCCAAGCUCAUCUGCAAGCUGAACGAUCAUAUCCCCACCAGUUGGACCAAGGGCAAGUCAAUGCCCAGAACCCGGUCAAGAGAGAUGCUGUUUGUGAUUGGUGGACCACAUGAGCAGGACCAGCAGUGUCUUUAUCAGUUCAAGCCACAUAGUGGAAGGUGGCAGACCUUGAAACCUUUACAGAGGAAGUGCCUAACACAGUACUCAGUAGCAGCAGUAGGUAACAAUGUGGUGGUGACUGGUGGCUACUACCGGGAGGUUUUGUGGUACAGCGUGGACUGGGUUCGAAUUUAUGAGUGCAGCAACGAGCGUUGGGUGGAUGGUCCAGCACUGCAGAAAUCCAGGCAUAGCCACUGUUCAGUGGCACUUGAAUUCCAGGUCUUUGUGCUUGGAGGCAGCAUGGAUGAGGGGCUGGUGCCUGAUGUGGAGAAACUAGUGCUGGGAGCAGACUGCUGGCACAGUGUUAGUCCCAUGAUACGGGCAGUAGAAAGAGCAGCUGCGGUCACCAUGGGCUCCUUCAUCUAUGUGGCAUGUGGUUUGGAUGAAAACGGAGAAGUGUACAGUGGAAUUCAGAGGUACACGACUGAGGUUGACCAGUGGGAUGUAGUCUCUUACUCUCCAUUUCCACGUUAUGACCUUCUCGCAACUGAACUCAAUGGUGCCAUCUAUCUAUUUGGAGGUAAGGCGCUGCGGCUGGAUGUUGACACUGAUGAGUGGACUAUUCUGGAAGAGGAAUUUCUAGAGGGAAAGUUCUUCACUGGCUGUUCUACUGUGAAUGGACAAAUAUACUUAAUUAGUGAGAGAAAGAUUAACAAGGUUUCUACAAACAUGGUACUCCUGGACCCGUACACAGACACUUGUAUUGAAAUUAAUGAUGCAAUACCAUGUCCUGUCCCCAUACGAGGCUGUGUCACAGUCUGCUAUUUGGACAGAUGA